UUUGAAAGAAGUCGUUGAAACUUAAAGCCACGUUGGCAUUUUGAAAUGGCCGCCAGUUUAGGAGAUGAUUUAGAUUGUGAUAAUGAUUUGAGAACCUCGCCGACUUUUUACCCAAAAUACGAUUUGACUCUAAGUCAUGAACCGAAAGAAACAGUGUUCACUGGUCUAAUUAUGCUUGAAGGGAAAUAACACUAACAAGAAAUGUAAUUGCUCUGAAGUCAAAUGAAACAGAUUUGACCAUAGGCAAAAAAUACUCUUCUUUAACGUCGGAUUUUCAAGCUCCUGAUCUUUUAAUUCACCAUGAUGGUAGAUGUCAUAGUUGGCCGCUUGUCGAAGGAAGAUUUAAAGCGUUUGUCAAAUUGAGCAAAGGUUUAAAUGUGAUAAAAAUUCAAUUUCAAGAAGUACAGAAGGAGUUGAAGAUUUUCCGUGAAGGAAUGUCAGUUGAACGAAGGUUUGUACGUAUUGUUUACAUUAAAUGCUGCGACGGUAAUGGAAGUUUUGAUGCUCCCGUGGACAUAGAUAACACUCUGAAUCGCGCCGUUGAAAAACUUCAAUUCAAUGCCCUGCUAAUGCAGACAUUUAUGGCGGAGGAAAUGAAGAGACACGGCUUUGGGCCACAAACAUUUCAGGUAGAGGAAACAGACGAUGGUGAUGUGAAGGUACAUGUGUUUACAAGCAAACUUACAACACAAGAGGCGCAUGCAAUGAAUGGUGACCAACUGUACAAAGCAUUUUUGAAAGAAUUACAGAGCUCCUCCUUAAAUGAUAAAAAUUGUAAGUUCCUUGCCUUCAUGUCAUGCACUCAUUAUGAUCCACCUCAAACUAAUCUACUACCACAAGAUGUCCACCUUUAUGUAAAGGGUCACACUGCACUUGGGGGAGGCCAGUUGGGACUGUUUGGUACUGGUGGACUUCACACUUGGGCUAGUAGUGUGGAAAUGCUUCUAAGUUGUUUUACAAACACAAAAAUCAUUGAUAAAACAAAGCUGUUUGAUGACAGUAACCAAAGAGGAACAUACUGGGCAAAUUAUUCCACUACUCUUGGCGCGGCUUUGCAUGAACUUGGACAUUGCUUUGAUCUGAUGCAUUCUCCCCAAGGGAUCAUGUCCAGAGGAUUUGAUGACAUGAACAAAUUCGUUGUCGUGACGUCGUCAUCACGUGACUGUUCACCUCCUACGAACGGGGGCGACAAUGAGGAAGCUCUUAUUUCAGCAAUGAGAAUGUUUGUUGACCAUAAAGCGCACUGGUUCAGAUCAUCUGCCGUCCUUCUUCAUUAUCAUCAAUGGCUGAACCACGGUGUGGAAACUUCUUUUGUAAAAACUGACUGCAAAUAUCCUCUUCAUAUUAACUGGUCUGAUGGUGUAAAAGGACCAAUAGGAAAUGGUGGUGGAAGUGCAGCAAGCCAAUUGUAUUUCGAUGACGUCAUGUGGCAUAUGUCACACGAUCUUGAGCAGAGCGGGUAUUUGAUAUAUCAUGAAGAGUACAUCAACGCUAUUGUCCCUUUGGCUGGACGUGUUCAUCUUGAAGAAAGUCCAGUCUACGGUAACGUUGACAGUCAAUGUGCUCAACACAUAUUUACUCUUGAAAAAGACGAAUAUUUAAUUUCUAUUGACGUCCGCGCCGGGGCCUGGAUCGAUGCGAUACGUUUCCAUUCCAAUAUGAAGUCUUCAAUAUGGUUUGGUGGAAAAGGCGGGGACUUGUAUGAAAUGUCUUCACCAGAAGGAGUACGUAUUGUAGGGAUCAUCGGUACAUUUGGACAAUAUUUAGGAUCUGUUGGUGUUGUUUUAAACACAGGUACAAAAUCUGAACCUUACGUCAAAUCAGAAGUGGGCCUUGGCUUGGUUGAAUUACGUAGAGAGGAGGAACUGCUGAAUUUUUGGGAGUUUGUACAUUAUGAUGUUCCACCUCAAGAGUUUUAUUUGCCCGAAUUGUGGCGGAGAAGUGUGGAAAGUUAUGAUGACGUAAAUAUUAUGGCUGUUGAUAUUGCUGGAAAUAUUUUGCGAAGUAGUUUUUUGGGAUAUGAAGAGUUCAGAGGGAAUCUAGACAUCCUGAUGGGACAAGAAAGCGAGAAUAUUAAAUGAAGGAAUAUAUUGAACAAAACAAGGAUAAAUAGAAUUGAAACUUUUUGGUGCUUUCUUGAGAUUUUCAACAGUUCAUAAUUGAUAAAGAACAUUAGAAGCGUAUAUAAAGACAUGAAUAUUAUUCCCUGUACUGUCACUGAAUAAACCAGUUCAUUAAUAUAGAAUAUAUGUGAAAUGGUAUAAAUAAAUGGCGUCAUCCCGAAAAUUGACAAAAGUUUCUGUUUGAUGUUUGUCUUGUGAUAUAAUGGAUGGGGAUAUCGCCAAAUAACGAUCGAGAUUCGUGACGAGGAGAGCCAAUAAGGACAUUGCUUGAAAUAUAGUUGUAACAUCAAGUUAGAUGACAAAAAGAUUUCGUCGUUGCUUUGACAAUCAUCACUGUCUCUGAUUUUGAAAUCGGGUUUUUUCAAAAGAAAAUGGAACAAUUGAACGUUGAGUUCAUCGCUACAAAUGUUUUAAGGCAAAGCGAGAAGAUAUCUGAAGCUCUAUUUACAGGUAAAUACAUGUUGUAAACGAUGAAGAUCAAACAAGGAAUAGAGAAAAGCAUUGAGAAAACUGCGAUUUUUUUGAGAUUUUUAAUGGUUUAUAAUUUAUGAACAUUAUUCCAUUUACUGUCAUUGAAUAAACCAGUUCAUCAAUACAUGUUGGAGGGUAUAAAGGAAUUGUGUUACUCCAAAAAAUAAGAAAAGUUUCCGUUUGGUGAUGUUUGUCUUGUGAUAAAUUGGAUGGAAUAUGGAGAAAUAACGAUCGACAUUCAUGACCAAAAAGGACAAUAAAAAUAGAGCCUGCGUUGUACCAGUUGGAAUACGUACAACCAUUGGAAUACGUUACCAUGAAGGAAAAAUUUUAAAAUGAUUGAGCAAUAUUGAAAACAAGUCGCUACAGGAUAACACCAUGAUCAUGAAAUAACAAUGUUUCUUUCGUACACACGUUGUAAUAAAGAGGAAAAUAACAAAUGAAUUUAAAAUGAUGCCGAGAAAGAAAAAGAUAAUGUUAAUGGCAAUUAUUGUCCGCAUGUUGAUUGUUUCAAAGUAGUUUGGAUUUUGAAUCCAUUUGAGAAUGAAAGAAGAAUACAUUAUUGAACAGCAUGUAUGCAUUUAUUUUGGUCAUCUCCACUUUAUUUUUUAAUCAAUUUUAUUGAAGAACAUUUGAAGUGACAUAUAUUAUUACAUUUUAUAUUGCAAUGAAUAUUUGAUUUUAUGACAUUAAACUCAUUGGCGAAGACAUCCGCCCUCAGUCUAUAAAAA